AAAUUGGUAGGCUGCAUGGACAAAUGGUUCGGAGAAAAACGAUUAUGGUUGUUUGGUAACCAUUUGCCAUUACUUCCAAGGAGUAAUGUUCCUUUCAGAUGGACUUCUGGCGAUUCAAGUGCAGGAAGUGCGCUGAAAGCUUUAACAGAAAGAUCACGUGGGAGUAGCAGAAUGGAUCGCUAUGAAAAACUUAGUCGACUUGGUGAGGGAUCAUAUGGAGUAGUUUACAAAUGUCGUGACAGAGAUACUGGUUCACUGGUAGCGGUGAAGCGGUUUGUAGAAUCAGAAGAUGACCCUGCUAUACGAAAGAUUGCGUUACGCGAAAUUCGUCUAUUGAAAAAUUUGAAACAUCCCAAUCUAGUGUGUUUAUUGGAAGUAUUUCGACGAAAACGGAGACUCCAUCUAGUGUUCGAGUUUUGUGAACACACGGUAUUGCAUGAACUUGAACGUCAUCCUGAGGGUUGUCCCGAUAACCUUACCAUGCAAAUAACAUUUCAAACUAUACAAGGUGUUGCGUAUUGCCAUAAACAAGGAUGCCUGCAUCGUGAUAUAAAACCGGAAAAUAUUUUAUUAACAGCACAAGGACAAGUUAAAUUAUGUGACUUCGGCUUCGCGCGGAUGUUGAGUCCAGGAGAAAACUAUACAGAUUACGUAGCAACAAGAUGGUACCGAGCUCCUGAACUUCUUGUAGGAGACACACAGUAUGGAACACCUGUAGAUGUGUGGGCGAUUGGAUGUGUAUUUGCAGAGCUUGUUCGUGGAGACGCACUAUGGCCAGGAAGAAGCGACGUUGAUCAACUGUAUCUAAUUCGCCGAACAUUGGGUGAUCUUCUACCUCGUCAUUUAGCAAUCUUCAACCAAAAUGAGUUUUUCAAGGGUAUCACAUUACCAGUUCCACCAACUCUUGAAUCCUUAGAAUCAAAAAUGCCUGCUCGGACUUUAACAAAUCCUUCGAUGAUGGACUUUCUCAAGAAAUGUCUUGAUAAAGAUCCUGCCAAACGCUGGUCAUGUGAGCGGCUUGCGAUGCAUUCGUACUUUGAAGAUUACGUUACCAGACAAAAAGAAAUAGAGCAAACCAUUACACUCGAAAUCCAGAAGCAAAGUAGUCGAGAAUCGAAAUCAAAAUUAUCCAACACAUCCUUGCCACAGUUGCCGGCUACCCAGGAAUCCAGAGUACCACAGAAAAACCAAUAUCUUCGUUCCGAUCAUCAUCUCCCAACGAUUUAGUUACCAUAAGUAACUAUUAUUUUUAAAAUAAACGAUCAAUCAGCAGUUCUAUCGUUUGCCUAAUAUGGUUUCUAGGAAAUUCAUCUUAUAUAUGCAACCGGGCAAAAGUUAUUAGUUUAUUUAUCUAUCAAUCAAUUCCCAUUUUACACUAAUAAAA